GCGAGAAGUUGAUCAUCAGAUGGAAUAUGAAAUUCUGAAGUGUUUAAAGUCAUUGUUAAACUGCAGAUGGGGUGCACAAGAAGCUUUAUCACAUCCUACAUGUAUACAUAGUAUUACAUUCUCUCUUAUUUCUCAACAAUUAAACACUCGAAAACUUGUGGCCGAAGUUCUUUCCUUUCUUUGCUAUUGUGAAAUUCCUACUGGCCACAACUUGGUAUUGGGAGGGUUUGAUCAGCUGAUGCAAUUUCGAGCUGAAUCUGGUAGAUUUAAUGCAUGGAUGAAUAUAUUGGAAAAUACAAUUAACAGUCGUGGUCGUUAUGGUAGUUUAGUAAACGCAAGUGAGGAAUUUAAAAAAGGCGGUAUAGGAAUCGAUGGUUCAAUAAUGGAAUAUGUGCUUUCCAAUAUGAUCUUGGUGAAUUCAAUUGUUGGCGUAUGUGACGACGUAGAAGAAAGAGUGCGCUUGAGAAAUCAAUUACACGAUUGCAAUUUAUCACGUAUUAUUGAGAAAAUGAGAAAUUUAAAUUAUGAGUUGAUUAAUCGUCAAAUAAGUAAAUUUGAAAACGACAGUGAAUUGGAUUUUGAAGAGGUUACCGAGUAUUACAAUCAACAGAUUCUACAAGAUAUGACAUAUCCUUUUAUUAUCUUUUCUUUUGACAUUUUAAUAUUUAUUAUUGCAUUUAUGUCUUCGGUUGAAGGAACAAAGGCACAAGAUUUCUUCUUGUCCACAUUGCAACAAAUGCUACUAAUUCGUGAUGAAGGCGAGACAAGAACACGAUAUUUUCAACUUAUUAACGCUUUAAUUACUCAAAUUGUUCGUGAUCGGCGAGUACCUGAUCAAGAUUUGAAUAGUUCACUUAGCCUAAUUGUUUCUCAAGCUAUAAAUAAGUUUAAUGAACAAGAAAAACUUGAAGCAGCUCUUGAAGCAGCUCUUGAAGAUGCAAGGGAAGCCAAAGCUAUAGCUGAAAAAGCAUUACGUGAAAAAAAAGAAUUGCAGGAUGAACUUUCAACAAGAGAAGAUGGCAAUUUAAAAAGCAAAAUUGAUUCGAAUGAGCAACUUUUACGAAUAUCGCGACAUACUAUACAAACUCAGCAAGUUCAAAUUGCCGAAAAAGAUUUAUUGAUACGAAAAUAUGAAUCUAUAUUAAAAGAGCUAGGUUAUUCAAAUGAUUCUGAUGCCUCGGGUCAACACGACCAGGAAAGAAGGAAGGAAAUCGCAAAGACCGAGGCUAUUUUAGAGGGGCAAGUUUGGACACCAUCGGCAUUUGAAUUCAAA